AUGAUUGCUGAUUUGACGCCUAGUAUUCUACAAUUGUUGCAGAGUCGAACGUCGAGGCGGUUGCAGUCUCGCCUGACGCCGGACAUGGAGCGAAAGCUGGUCUUUCUGACGUCAUCCGUGCGCUUUGGCAAUCACAAACGCUACCAGGACUGGUUCCAGAGACAGUAUUUGGCGCUGCCCGAGUCGCAGACGCUGCGCUGUGAUUUGAUCCGCUUCAUAGUGGGCGUGAUCCACCCGACCAAUGAGCUGCUCUGCUCGGACAUCAUUCCACGCUGGGCUGUGAUUGGCUGGCUGCUCACCUCGUGCACUUCGGCCGUCGCCGUUGCCAACGCCAAGCUCGCCCUCUUCUACGAUUGGCUCUUCUUUGAGCCCGACAAGGACAACAUCAUGAUAUCGAUAAUAGCAGCUUUUUACCCGCCUCUGUGCGAGAAGGUGAAGCAGGGCAUCUGCUGCUCUCUCCGUCAGAUCCUCGAGAAGCGUGUGCUACCCUCUCUCUCGCCGCUGUUCGAAUGCGAGGCAAUGGAGAGGAUAACGCAGUACGUGAUCCAGGACGAGGAGGAGUCUGACAGUGAGACGUUGGCCGUGCUCGCCAAGUGUCUUUGUCGAGUGCUGCAUCACCACAUUCAGGCCAAAAUCUUCCCCCACACGCUCACCGAUGAUAGUCUUGACGACAGUAUUGGGCAGCCCCUGUUUGUGUUGAUGCGGUGUGUGUCUGAGCUGAGUGACGAGGACUCCCGCCGUCUGCCGCUGAUCUCACUUCUGGUGGAGAUGUGCUCGCAUGAGCAGCGCAUCGGAUAUCUGCUGCUCUACUACCUGCACGCCAGCAAGUCCGACCGACACACCAUCAUACAACAGUCCAACAAGCUCACCAGUAAGACUAAAUCACAAGUAUACAAGGACUAUUGUAUGGCGCUAGACAAGGACUUCAGUAAAAACCUACUCAGCGAUCUGCAGGCGUGCCAAGAUGACGACCUGCAAAUGUUCUGCUGGUUGAUCCCAGGCAUCUACACGACGUUUGCAGAUGUGGCCCUGGGCAACGCACAGCUCAUGCACCUCAUCGUCUCCUCCAUAGACUCCAACCAGCUGCAGGAUCUUGUCUUCAAGAUCAUUCAAGGCCGACUAGCGAUGUUUGGCAGUGGAGUGCAGACGUUUGUGAGCCUGGUGCAGACGUCACUGACCUGGGAGACAGUGGAGCAGGUGUGGCUGUGGCAACUCAUCAACGCCUCCUCUCCCUCGCCAAUAGGGGCCUCUCACUUGCUCCCUCUCCUCACCACACUCCAACACAACACACACUCCGAGGCCGUCACCGCCCUACUGCUCAUUCUCAAACAGCACAGGCCGACAGCCGAGAUGGUGAAACAGCUGAUGACUCGCGACACACGUGUGCCAGGCGACGAUCUGGCCGAGUCGGCUCUGUUGAGUUGGUGUCGCGACGGCAGUGAAGAGAAGUGCGCCGAGCUGGUGGCCACCCUGCUGAGUCAGCGCUGUCAGGCGUCGCCCACCAAACGGAAACGCGGCGGAGGCGGCGGCGGGGUAGGGCAGCCCACCUGUGAGAGAAUUCUGGCGCAUCUCGAUCGGCUCAGGUUACGUUUGAGCUACCCGCGACACAAGUUCUACAAACUAGAUGCACUGCAGAAGGCUCUACAAGCAGCUCAGAGCGCAUGCUCAGACGUGCAGCGGUCAGCGUUCAGCAACCUGUUUGCGCUGAUCGAGGUCAGCGGAUCAGCUGGUGGCGGAGGAGGAGGAGGUGGUGGAGGGACAGCUGGUGGGAGGGGUGGAGCUGGCAGGAAAGCAAAGGCCGGUGGAGGGGGAAGAAGCGGGCGAGGACAGACGUUACGAUCGGUCAGCGAUACUUCCGAGAGCAGUAGUGAGGAGGAAGAAAUAGUGAAGCCAAAGCAAGCGAAGAAACGGAAAAAAGUCAACGCUGUAGGCUCGGACUCCGAUUAAUGAUAGAUUAAUAAUUAAGAGUGUGAUACUAAUAAAUUGUAGGAAUACUGAUAGAAUUAUGGGACCUUAGUGGAGGCUGUGCACUAAUGUCAACUUGUUUUUAUCUGUAUACGCGGUAGCAUUCAGGUAUGACGCAGGCUACACGUUUUUAUUUGUUUCAAAUGUUUUAACAAUGUUUCAAUAAGGUCUUCCCGAAAGAUUUGAAAUCUAUUCAACUUGUAGGUGCGUCUUCAUUCAUUCGAAAUUGUAUUCAAUUUGUAAUUGUAGGGUCCACGUUAUAUUACUACAGUAUUUGACUAGCAUUGAUGUUGCUAUCCUUGUCUAUCAUUCAGUAAAGCAGAUAACGCUAUCCAUUUUUAGAUCCGCGAAAUUGCUAUAUCAGUUUUUAACAGUGUAGAAAUAUAAUUGAUUAAGAAAAUACUCAAUCCCAAUAAUGAAAAUUUAUUAUUUAUCAUGGGAAAAUAUUUUUUCUUGACGAUUAAAAUAUAAUUGAUUAUUUUAAACAAGAAUGAACAAUUAGUGCCUGUUGCACAAAAACCGGUUAAAUUUAGGAAAGGAGCAGCCAUUAUUCUAUAUAAAAUUCAAUUAUGGUAUCUCUCCUCGCUUUCUCCCUCAAGGCUCUGCUAAUAUUGUCUCAUACCGCUUGAAAAUUUCCAAUUUUCUUUUAAAUGUCCAAUUCUUCGUUAUAACUGAUGUCCCAUUCCAAAUAUGUGAAUUGUGAUACUUGCUCCAAUAUUUUGUUGUUAAUCAAAAAUUUUAGACCUGGAUUAUGGAUUAAUUCACUGAAAUAUUUCGAAUGACUGGAAAUGCACCACGAGUUGAUAGUUAAUGGUAAUCACAUAAUAAAACACUUCAAUGUUCUCAAUAAUCAAAUGAUUUUAUAUAGUAGUAGGUCAACGUUAGUAGACAGAAUGUUGAUCACUCACAGGUGUAAGAUUCAAAGUGGUGGGGGGAACGCCAGCGUGACGUCACGUGUAGUAAGGAAGUAAUAGAGUAACCACACUGAGCAUACAGUUUAUUCACUGUAGCUUCAAAUACAUCGUCGUUUAAAUCCCCUCAAGAUUGACCUAGAACUUUAAAAUUCUCCGUACUUAUAGGGACUGACUCACCGAUUCUAAUGAUGCAGUUAAAUAUACCAAUUUAAAGUUCAUUCAACUUGUAUGAAUAAAAUGUAGUUAACUAAAAACGUGACAUGAAAAAGUUAAUAAGCUGGAAAAGCGUUAGUAGACAACGUUAUACUAUUAUAAUUUCAGAUUAACCCAUGAAACAAUCUUGAUAAACCAAAAUAUUGCGAUAAACCGAUUCCGAUAAAUCCGAUGCAUUGCAUUCAUAAAAUGCACUGAACACAUGCUGAUAUCGAGCACAUGAUCUACAGCUAACUUUAUAACGAAAAUCAAAAUAUCUCAUCCCCGAAAUUCACAAGCUGACGUACAGCGAAACUACAUAACACGACCUAGAAGAUGAAGAAACCUUUAUGCUGUGUUUACAUCAAA